CAGCAGUCCAGUCAUGACCAUGCAGAAGAGGUUGGUGUGAUGCAGGGCGAGGGAAACCAGGAAGGUGUGGAGACUGAGAGUGAGGAGGAAGAGGAGAAUCAGCCUCCUCCUUCCAAACAAUCCAAAAAGUCUCCACUGGAGGAGCUUUUUGCUGAGGAGGAUGCCAUGAAGAGGACCUCACAGGAGAGGUUGAUGAUGUCCAUGGAAGGGCGUGCUGAAAAGGAGAUCCAGAUGUACCGGGAAACACCACCAACCAUCACAUCGUCUGACCCUGCUGCCUGGUUCUGGACCCAGAAACAAACUUAUCCUUUACUGUCAUGUCUGGCCUUCUCAUAUUUAUGUGUCCAGGCCUCCUCAACGCCUAGUGAACGCGUGUUCUCUACUGCAGGAAACACAAUCUGUGCGGAAAGGUCACGCUUACUGCCUGAGAAGGCAGACAUGAUAAUCUUCCUCAACAAGAAUUGUUUUUGAUUUGUCACAUGACUGCUCCAGGGUUUGAGUUUGUUUUAUUUUGUUUCAUAUACAUCCACCUGGGCUGCAGCUCUUUGUUUUUUAGACUGCUGCCAACUUGUAGUGUUAUUUCAGCAAGUUUCAGUUUUACAGUUACAGUUAGGGACCCUCCCUUGUAACUGAAUACCCUAGUUACAGUACAGCAACCAAAUUAAACUGUAUCAAGUCAACUGGCAAUGUGAAUAAAUAAAAAUGG